UGACUAUUUAAUUAUGUACAAUAUGUAUAAUGUAUGUAACAUAGUGCAGUAAGAACUACAAAACGAAAUGAUCCCAGUCUGAACGGACCUUAAUGGAUAACGACAAAGAGAUUCCCGGUGUUUCAAAACUUCAGCUCAGUCAACGGCAUACUUUACGUGGUCUAAGGCGAUGUGGGACCUGUGGACAAAUCAAUGGCAACCGCGCCCAGCUGUGUCGCAAUUCCAUCUGUCCACAACAUAAAAAUGCGUUCGAUGUUGUACAGCUCGAAUCUAAAUGCCAGGCAUUCUAUUCGUUGCGCGUCAAGGAGCGGGAACAGUUGCGAAACUUUGUGUGCAUCGAGGAUGUGACGUUGUCGCUGGAGCCUAAUGCGGCUGUCGUAUCAAGCAAAGCAGUCUGCUAUGUCGAUGCCUGCAAGAGCGACAGCAAUUGUCGCCACAUCAAGGCGUGCCGCGAGACCAGCACCGCCCACGUGUCCAAGGCGCAGGUAUAUACGGUGUCACGGGAGGUGCUUUCGAAUCUGAAUAUUAGUCUGGAGCAAAAAAAGCAUCUGUGGAAGCUAUACAAGUCUGCCGAGGAGCAGGAGAAGAUGCCCGCAGUGCAACGUUUAAGUGCUACUACGUUUGUUGUUAAAUGCGAACCUGCUGAAACAUUUCCAGUGGGUAGGCUGCAUGUCACAGCUUUGGCUAAUGGCCUUUCCAUUAAAAAGGGUAUACAUGUGUGCGCGUGCAAGAAACUCAAGAUCAUUGUGGAGGAUAACUCGCUGGUAAUGCAGGAGGAGAUCUGUGACCAUUUAUUGCUGGUCCUGGCGGGUAUACUCAGCUCACCACAUGGUAAGACAGUCUACGGAAAUUUCACUAAUAGCUUGCAAUCCUUUUGGAUGCCUGUAAGACUGGAAACGCCACUAGGGGAAACCACAGCCGACGACUUAUGCCUGGGCAUGAGCAUAAACAUAGGUGAUGGCGUUGGUGACCAUUCCUCUGAUGGGCAAGAGGAUAUAUUGAUAUUUGGCGAUGAGUAUUUUGCAGCGGAUCAGCUCCCGGACUUGGAUGUUAUUCUCAAUGUGGACAACAUGCUGGCGGCAGCCCCAACACAUAACAACAGCAAUAACAACUGCAGCAGUCCGACGGAAGUUCGAUAUGCGAGCGAUGCGCAUUUAUUGUCCAGUUGUGACAUAUACACAGAGCCCAAAGAACAGAUGCAGGAUGAGGCAACGCAUCUGGAGCUUACCGAUUGCAAUAUAGAGCUAAUGGAUCAGUAUCAGCUCACGGAUCAAAUUGAUUUAUGCAGCGACGACAUUGCAUUGCCUGUGGGUAGUGAGCCUUACAAUAUACUAGCAGCAUCUCCAAUCUACACUGAGGCUACGUCCUCGGUGGCCAACCAACUGCCCCCCAUAGAGCUGCCAACUAUAGCAGUUGUUAAGAAGCCGCCCAUAGCCAUUAAGGCUACCGAAAUUGUUACCGAGGUCAAAAGUCGCAAGCAACCGCAUUUGCCGGCCAAGCGGGCGCUCAUUGUUAAUUGUCCAUCGGCAGCAACAGCAGCCGCCGCAGUAGAAACUGUCGGUGUGGCUGUGGAGCCAGCGCUUGCUUAUUCAGCCUGGUUAGAACAUGUGAUAGAGCUACUUAAUGAGCUCGUUGAACCUGCCGAUUUGGAAGCGGCACCAGCCACGUUAGUCACGCGUCAAGUGCAGCAAAGUUUUUAUGUUCACAAGGAAACCUUUUCGCAUUUUAGUAAAAGCUUCAGUGUUGGCGUUAAGCGUCGACCGCUGCAUCAAGUCUCGGUAAUUGGCGUUGGCAAGCACAAAGGACUUACCCAAUAUGUUUGGCACUUCGGAGCUUCGCACACGGCGAAGCGCAUUUUUAGCAGGGGAAAUUUUUCCCUGCAACUGCAUCGCGCUUUUGAACAUCGUGCUGGACAUUUCGUUCCCUAUGUGCGUCAAACGGUAGUUGCGACUCCGUCUAAUAAUAAGCGACGUCCCAUUUAUGCUAAAUUAAAACUUUACAUGGUCAAAAUACUGUUCAGUAUUGCGAAUGAGAAUAAAGGGGGUGUGCGUUUGUAUUGGACUCCAGGUGUCUUACCACAAACCAAUUUUGGCUUAAUGAAGGUGGAAUUCAGCAUACAAAUACAAACACCAUCUUAAAAUUGGUUCUGAUAGUCGUAUUUGGUAUUUUAU